CAGAUAUAAAUCAACAUAUAUAUAUAUAUGGAUACGGAUAUGGAUAUGGAUAUGGAUCUAUUCACUUGGAAACAAACUACAAAGUACAUUUGAUGAUACCUAUUUCACAUAUUGGAUCUUGAUUUAAAGUCUAUCCAUUCUUCUUGUUUUCUAUUCCUUUCACUUUAAUAGCGCCAUAUGCUUCAUAGAAGAAAUUAAUUCCAUAUCCAAAUUUUUUUAAAAAAAAAAUUUUUUUUUAAAUCAUCUUUAAUUAUUUUUCAAGUUUUUCUUAUUAACCCCCCCCCCUAGCGCCCAAAAAAAAAAACGAAAAAAAAAUGAAAAUUUUUUUAUUUUCCAUCAUAGUAACAAUUUUCUAUUUACAUUUAUUUAUAUUUAAAAAAUCAAUACAAAUGGAGUUAAAUGAUGUUACACAAACUUUAACAGAAUUAAAUACGGAUUAUCCAAUAGUAACUGAUUAUCCAAUACGUAUGUGUGGUAAUGAAUUUUUAAAAAAUCUUAAAUAUGUUUGUUCAAUACGAGGAAUUUAUACACCAAUAAAUCGUUUCAAAAGAUCAUUUAAACAAUAUUAUAAUUUAGAAAGAAUUUUACAACGUCAAAAACGUUUUGAUGAUCUAUGUACAUUAUAUAUAAUUUAUGAACCAGAUCAAGUUGUAACACAAUGUUGUUGUAUUGGUUGUAAUCGUAAUUAUCUAGAACAAUUUUGUAAUCCAAAUUAAAAAAAAAAGUAUAUAUGAGUUUCCAAGGAAUUUUAUAUUCUUCUAAAGAAAAAAAAGAAAGAAAUUUG